GACUGUGUCAACCACGAGUUGUACGGAUGCCAUCCGCAGGAGAAUGAGACCUGUUUCUAUUGCUGCGAGGAUCUGACCACAUGCAAGAUCCAGCGGGAAGAUCUGUUUACCUAUGUGUUUCCCACGGCAAAGCCACCCGGGGUCACAACAGUGACACCACCCACCCCAACUACAACGGAAGCUCCAAUUGUAGGUGACAAGUUUACCUGUCCCAGAUGUACGGAUCCCUAUGACUACACCACCUGCUCAGCGACACACGAUUGUUCCUCGGACCUUUACGAUACCUGCCAGCUGCAGGUUCGACCCAACGACAACAACAAACUAGAGUACACCUGCCAGAAAUACGAGGACUGUGCCAACAACCAGGCCCUGGGGUGCAGCGUUAGCAGCAGCCAGGUGUGCUCCUACUGCUGCCAGGACCUGGUCGCCUGCCAGCAUCAACGGGACUACCUGUUUGACUUUGUAUUUUAUCCACAUCCCGAAACACUGUCACCAAGUAUCUCAAAAGAUUAA